AUCCGUUCAUGGAUCUCUCCUGGAAGGUGGUGGAUCUGGCCUCUUGCUUGGCAACUUUAAUAGUUCUGAUCUUGGCUUGCCCAUGCAAAGGUUUGCAAAGCUCUAAUUUGGAAUAUAAUCUAACUGUUCCUGCCUCUGUCUCAGUGCAACCUGGACUCUGUGUUCACAUUCCCUGCAGCUUCACAUAUAAGAUGACAGACAGGAUAACAUUGAGGAAGAAACUCGCAACACUCUAUGGAUAUUGGUUUCAGAAGAAAGAUGGAUAUCACCAUCAUAUUGACUACAACUCCCAAUAUAUUCACGGUGUUCUUGUGGCUACAAAUGACAAGAGGCAGACAUUUGAGACAUUUGUACUGGAGCGUUUUCAGUUAACUGGCCAACCUGAGGAAGGCGAUUGCUCCUUCAGCAUCCUUGAUGCCAGGUCAGGGGACGCAGGGGAGUACUUCUUUCGAAUUGAGGACAACGGUUUCAGAUACAGCUACACCAACAACCCCAACCAAACUCCUUGGAAACUGAACGUUCUCAUGACUGAGUUUACAGAGAAACCACAGAUCCAGAACUCCACUUUGGUACUUUCUGGGAAGGAAGCCGUUUUUACCUGUUCGGUUCCAGGGCCCUGCAUUAAGAUUGAGCCCUCAUUUUAUUGGCGAGAUACUCCAACAGUACAUAGAACAUAUGAAUGGAGCCUACAGCACAGCAAUGGCAGCUGGACUUAUGGGUCCAACAUCACCUUUACACCCUCCCCACGUGAGCAGGAAAUAUCACUUACCUGCCGGGUCUGGUACCCUAAUAUAGCGAAGCAAGUUGAGAAGACCAUCCAUAUUGACAUUGCUGAUCCCCCCAAGACUGUCUUGAUCUCCUCAAAUGCUACAAAUGACAAGAAUGUGGAUUUUUGUCCACCUGAUUCCAUUGUGGCCAAAGAAGGCGAAAGCAUCCUCCUGAAGUGUAAUGCAGAGGGCAGACCUGACCCCACACUGAGCUGGAUAAAAGGGAGCAAGACCCUCAACAGCAUCAGGGAGGACAAGAAGCAAAUUCUUUUGCUGUCAAAUAUCAGAGCAGAGGAUACCGGCGAGUAUCAGUGCCGGGCAGAGACUCCGUACGGCUCAGCCAAUAAGACCAUCGACUUGUGUGUGCAGUAUGGUCCGAGGCUCAGCAGCAACCGGUCCAGGAGCAUGUGUUGGCAAGAGGACAACAGUCUCCAUUGCAACUGCUCUCUGAACUCUUGGCCCCCACUCCAGAUCCAGUGGGAAGUAGACGGGCAGACCCUCAGUGAGAACAGCAGUGAAGAGGCCCCUGAGGUCACUUUUGGAUCCCAAGAGAUCACCAGCUCUAUGAGCUGGGCCGCAGGGAACCUAGAUGAGAGCCAUGAUAUCAUUUGCCGUGGGGCAAAUCAUUUGGGGACCUACACAUUUCACUUUCUAGUCAAUCCCUUUGCAAAAUGGAACCGAACAAGUUCGGUUGUUGCUGGGGUCUCUGGAUUUUUGGUAGCUCUCAUCCUUGUCGUGCUUUUCUUCGUACUGUUCAAGUUUUACAAGAAGAGGAAAGCGAAAGCGUCUUCAAAACCCAGUGAUGUUGAAGUUCUGAAUUCUGCCAAUGGGGGGCACCAAAGAGCCAAUGACAACAGCCUGAUCUACAGCAACAUUUCACCUUUGGGUCCAAAAUCUCCCCAUGUCAACCAAGAGAGGAUUUCUCCAUCCAACCCCCGAGUUUCCUCUUCUAACACUGCUGAGCCGGAAGAGCUGCACUACGCAACCCUGGAGUUCUCCAGGCCAAAAACCAAACAAGCAACAAAUCAGGAGGAAGCUGUGGAAUAUUCGGCUGUCAGACCAAAAUGACCCUCUUUCCUCCUCCUUGGUCAUUCCCAGAAGCAGAUAAUGGAUAAUGGUAGAGAAGUUGGAUAACAGUGCUACGGGGUUAUGAGAGGCAUCAGUUCCUGAGCACGGUUUUCCAAAGUAACUGCCUCUGCACCCCUCCCCAUGGACAAGAAAAGAGAAUGCUUAAAGCAUGUUUGGAACCGUACAAAAAGAAUUCCAUUGCAACAAUUCUGGCUUUGUCAAAUAGAGCAACAGUGGCGUAGUGGUUAA